GUCGUUGAGCUUAUCGGUUCUUAUCGAUUCUUAUCGGGUUUAUCCGACGCGUCUCUUAAAUGGCAUUUCAGGUGCGUAGCAUUUGGAGAUAUCGGCUAAUUCUUGUCAAUGACAGAAGUAACGCUCUUUUUCCAUACACUCAUCUCUUGAUUUAUAUAAACCCAAAGAGUGUUGCAGUUUAGAGUCAUCAGGUGAUCAAUCAUCCAGCCUCGGUUGCGUCAUUCUCUUCGUUUCUAAAUCCGUCGCGUCACGCGUCGCAUAGUCUCUAAGGGGGCAGACUAUUCUAGGCACUAACCGAUUGCCCUGCCAUUUGUUUGCGCAGGUUGAUCGAACCGAAAAGUACACGUGAAGCCUAUAAAAGGACAAUGUCUACCACACCCAGAUCAUUGUCGCCGGUGAAGGCACCUUCGCAAAAUGGAGUAGCACCGGACCAAUCCAUGAUGGUAGAACUCCCGACUCACUUGGGUGACCAAACUGAGAUCGUUGAGCCGCAUGAAGAGGAUGUGACAGUGAGACUACAUUCGCAACCACAGUCACAGCCACAAUCACCUCUGCGAGCUCAAGCACCAAAAGCUGAGCAAGGCCAGGAGACCUCCCUGAUUAGACACCUAGCCAUGCAGCGUCAACGACGGACGCAGACUCCCGAUCCGCAAAAUCGACGAAGCAAUAGGUCCGAGAUGCAGAGUCCUGGUCACCUUGCCGCCUUUGAUUGGGAUGACUUUGAGGACCGCUACGAGAAAGCCUUACAAGAGGCGGACGAGCAAGAAAAGCAGCUCUUGGAGGAAUUUGACAGUCUAGUCAAGUACUUCAAUGUAUGGGCAUCGGCUUCGUCUACACAUGACAAUGAGAGAGCUGCUAAGAGAUUACAAACUCGAGAGAGACAUGUGAGGCUUUCUGAGCAAACGCUGUUACAGAAAAAACAGCACUUAUCCGAGGUUGUCAAAGCCUUCCAGAGCGCUCUGGCGCUUUUGAGCACAACUUGAUUGUCAACGUGUUUUAGGCAGUAACCAGCAUUUCUACUACUUAAGUCUUGGGUCAGUAAGACAGCAUCGGAAUCCAUGACUUCCUUCUCUCAAAACUGGUCCAUGGGAAAGACGAAAGUAGCCAACUCCUAGUUUAUAAGCCGGUCAGGGGUCGGGUUUAACAAGCAUGGCAAUGGCGUUGACGUAUUUACUAUUCACGAUGAUUAUGACAUAACGAUUUUGACGACAAUUAUGAAUCAUUUCUACCAUGGCAUUGUAUCUAUCUAGAUACCUAAUUACAUAUCUUACCUUGGCCUCAUAA